CCUGCCAUUCCACUUUGCAUCCAGCUUUGUACUUAUUUCUACUUCCCUUUUACGAUGGUUGCCUCUCUGAAGCCCUGGCCACUCAUGACUGCCGUGGCUGUGUGCAUCGUGUUCUGUCUGGGAACCUUAGUGGAUGCCUACCCUCUCAAGCCAGAGAGCCCUGGAGAAGAUGCUUCCCCUGAAGAAAUGGCCCAAUACUUCUCUGCUCUUCGGCAUUACCUUAACUUGGUGACAAGGCCAAGGUAUGGCAAGAGGUCCAGUCCAGAGUCCUUGAUGUCAGAGCUUAUUUUUGGAGAUAGCAGCAGCAGCAGCAGCAGCAAUCACAAUGGCCGAUCACGGUUUGAUGAUUCCAACAUGUGGUGACAAUUUUCACGCUCCUUGGCCAGUGGCCCCUCAGCUGCCUCUUUUUGAACAGUCAAAUCAUUGUGUCAUUUUGCGUUUUUGAAAACAAUCAAGCCUUGAUGAUUUAAAGAGGGCCAGUGCUCUCC